AUGGGCAUACAUUUACUAGAAAAGUUUUUACCUAAGGAUGACCGUUUCGCAGCAUUGUUACUAUAUGGUAUGGUCUUUUCGACCUGCUUCAAUGGUUAUGAUGCUGGAAUUAUGACCGUCAUCUUGGCCGAUGAUCAGUUUAUCAGCUACUACAAAAUAAAUGCCGCUAAAUCUGGCUUGGUGGCUGUCAUUCCCUGGGCAAUGACUGCUGUGGCUCAAGUAUAUCUAGGAGGUACUCUAGCUGGAUGGCUAGGACGUCUUUGGGCCCUGCGGAUUUCUAUCUGCAUCAUGAUUAUUGGAGUAAUUGUCGAGGUUGUUCCAAAUAGCUUUGGUGUCUUGAUCCUGGGUCGACUCCUAACAGGUCUUGGAUUCGGCUGUGUCUAUAUCGCAACCAAUCUAUACGUUGCGGAAUGUGCACCUACCAAGCUCAGAGGCAGUUUUGUCGGCACCGUUUCCCAGUUUGGCUACCAAUUAGGCACACUCAUCGCCUUCUGGGCCGGCUAUGGCAUGUCAUUCCAUAAGCAUCCAUACAAUAUUGCAUGGCGUGUGUCAAAUAUUGUUCAGAUUCCUAUCGGGAUCGCUUUUAUCCUUGUCUCGUUCUUUUACCCCGAGAGCCCCCGAUUCAUGCUAGAAAGAUACCCCGAGACGCCUGAGCGAGCGAUGCAGGCACUGAGCCGGUUAAGAUCAGGUGCUCCUACAGAUGACCGUAUUCGUGCUGAAUUUCAUGAGCUGGUCGCCUCUCACGAGUUCCGUCGUCGAUACGACCCGGGAUAUAUUGGUUUGAUCAAAGACAAAAGUAUGCGAAAGCGUCUCGCAUAUGGGUUCUAUGCAGCAGGCCUUCAGCAGAUGGGUGGUAUUGCCGCGCUCACUAUGUAUGCCACGCUCAUCUACGAGAGUCUCGGAUGGGACGCCGGCUCGCAAGCACUAGCUAUAAAUGGAAUCCAAUCCUGUCUUCAGUUGCUCAUCGUGUUCGUGAACACUUUUACCGUGGAUCGGUUUGGCCGAAGAAGUCUUCUGAUGGCUGGUUUUGCCAUCCAGUCCGUCGCACUAUUGAUCAUGGCCUGUCUUUGCACCGCAUUUCCUUCCAAUGGAAACAGAGCCGCCGCUAUCGUGGAGGUUGCCAUGCUUUUCAUUGUCGGCCUGACAUAUUGCUGGUCUAAUGGACCUAUUGCACCCGCAAUUGUUUCAGAAAUCUUCCCGCAGCAUGUUCGAGACAAGGGUUUUGGCUUGUCGAUGCUUGGCCAAACAUGUUGGCUCAUUUUGCUGACGGAGUCCUGGCCUUCUUUCAAUGCUCAAGUUGGGGGGAAGAGCUAUUGGUUGCUGUUUGGCCUCAAUGUGAUUGCAGGACUUUCUGUCUUCUUCAUUCUUCCCGAAACCAAAGGCAUCUCUCUGGAGAGGAUGGAAAAGAUCUUCGGAGGGGUGGAUUAUGUUGAGGAGGGCGAGCGUGAGGGAGGCUCCGAGAAGCGUGAAGCUCGAGCGCUGGUGACCGAUGAUGUUGACGAGAAGACUCCUACCAGUCAUGUAGAGAGUACUUUCGGUGUUCAGGGACCGGAAAGAUCCAUGGCCUAA